CCGGGCUACGUAUUUCAUAUUUACUUAACCUAGCUAAGGUCCUUUGUUUGAACCGAGCUAAGAAUGAAUAGUAACCCACACAGCCGAGCUAAGACAGCGUUUAUCUUUCCUUUUAUGCUUUUAGCACGAUCCAUCGAUCUGUGCUUAACACUUUUCCUUUUCACUUUACAGACUUAGGUUGGCCAGGCACUCCCUUGAACGCUUCAACCAAGAUACUCCAUAUCAUCUCAACACCGAGAUAACACUUAAGGAUAAUUUAUACAUAAUUUAAGCCCAUAUGGGAAAGUACAGGUUCUUAGUAAACUCACCAAGUGCUAUGGCCGAGUUCCGAAGGGACUACCAUAUCCCUGAUGAUGUCCAUCUUACCUUGGCCGAACUAGAUACCACACCCUGGAGAAACCCUGGCUUUGUUCCCUUUACCCUUCUUUCCAUUGUAGAAACCGGACUAAGAUUCCCUGUACAACCUCUUCUUUGCGAGUUCCUUAGACAAACCAACCUCUGCCCUACCCAACUUUCCACAAAUUCAUACCGUAUAACAAAUGGCAUUGCCGAGCUAAACCGCCGAACUGGCCUUAACCUUGGUUUAGCCAAGCUCUUCCACCAAUAUUCCACAGGGUCAAAUGAAGAUGGCUAGGUUUACUAUUUGAGAAUAAGGCGCCAGCGUGAAAAGAUAAUAAAAAAUACCCCAGAUAAAGAUGUAAACGACGAUGAUUUUUUCUGGAUUUCUUGGCGUUUUGAAGACCAUGAGGCCUAGAUCCCAGGCAACCGAAUAAACUGGAACAAAGGAGUCGCCGAUAUAAUUACCUCGGCUCAAAUUCACAUUUUUCUUUGCUUCGGUUUUCACAUCUUGAAUCAUACUAACUGUUGUCUCUUUUACUUCAUGCUGAUUUUGAACUUUCUCAAGUCCCAGUACAGCUACCCCAACUUGAAUGCACUUCGCGCCGCUCUGCGAUAUCCCAACAGAAGUUGGGCUGAGCUACUGAAUUUUGAACCAACAUACAGAUACAGCAGCCGUAGGAAGACCAGGGUGACCGAUUUCCUCCUUGACCCUUCACUAGAGCCAGACCUAACCUUGCCUCAAGUCAAUUUGAUCCCGUUGACAGCGGAGCAAGAGAUGGCCAAGAAACGAGCAGUAACGACCCUCUUAACUGAAACAAACCAAGCCGAGGUACCACGAGCCAGCCAAACUCAAGAGAUCGUGGUAGCCCUGCCAACCCAUCAGCCUUCAUCAUCUCGGGCAAGCAAGCGUGCUUGGACUUCCACAACCGAGCCACGCCUUGUCGACGAGGAUGAAACUGUGGUUCCUCAAACCAAUCCACCAAGCCCUCCACCCGAGCGCUCUGACCGAGCUAGCUCUUCAAAGUGGGCACCAAAGAUCACGUUUCAAAACCAUGCUAUCAAGGAUUCUGACUCUGUGGUCGUAAAAAAGGACCAUUUCUUGGUGUUCAACCUCGCCAAAAGUGUUUGCCUUCCAGCCGACAUGGAGCACCACAACCAUCUAACCGAGCUGAAGGCCAUUCGCUCAGCCACAAAAUCAAUGGUGCUGGCCAUGCAGAAAAACCACAUUGCUCACAAGCGAGUGCUGGAACUGCGCAAAACCACAAGGCAGGCUGUGGCAGAAGCUAAUGCCAAAACCACCGAGCUGGAAGAGUCAAAGAAGCAAGUAGCCGAGCUACAAACCGAGAUGGCACGUCUGACCGGUCUAGUCAGUUCGGCUGAGGCAGAUAAAAAAGGCUGCGGCCGUGGUAAAAGAUAAGUACCUAUGCGAGCUGGCCAAGCUUGAGGGCAAGAAGAAUGCUGAAAUUGCCAAGCUGGAGAAGAAAGUAGAUGACACAGAGGACCGGGGUUACAAGGAGAGGGAGGCCACUUAUAUUAAGCAAUGCGAAGCUGCGAAAGAUCUCUUCUUCAAAUGCGGAUGGAAGGCGGCUGUGGCGUAGCUCGGUCAUGGUCCAGAGACCGAGGUCUUCAACCCUCCCCUGUAUUUCAUACCGAGCUGUAUGGCGGAGUACGCUGCUGCCAUUCAGCAAAAAUUUCUGCAAGAGGGAGAGGACGAAGAUUCUGCUCCAGAAGACAACACCCAGCCCGGCCGCCAGUCUAUCUCCCCAACUCCACUGGUCUCCGUCCCUUCUUUGCCCGUCGUGUCUGAUGCGGUGCCUUCGUCCGAGCUCAACCAAGGGGGGCUAGGCACAAUCGAGUUACCUCUGGGUGAAGACCGGGUUGUUCUGGAUGCCGAUUUAGAUGACCUCUUUGCUUGAUUAUGUACUUUUCUUUUCUUUAGGUGCUAACUUUGGAAGUUUUUGUAACCGGGCUUAUGGCCCCAUCUCUUGUACUUUGACUUUGCAUUAUCAAUGAAAUCAUCUUUUGUUUUCCUCAACUAUCUGUUCGGUUUACUUCUAUGCUUGUAUUUACUUUCCCAAUAUAAUCUGAAUGAAGUAAAUUCUCUGGCCGAGAUAUUUAUCCCGGUCUUAACUUUGCAAUCUAACGGGCCAU